AUGCUCAAGCCUCAAACCACUGAUGAUAUCGGUAUUACCGCCAACAAAAUUGACACCUCCGACAGCAAUCUGGGUCGGCGUAGGUCACCUUUCAUCAAUUUUUUCGUUUCCUUCUGGGCGCGGAUUAAAUUCCUUUUCACAAGUACACUAGGUGAUGUCUGUGAUUGCUCUGUGUCCUCCAAAAGUAGGCCCUCAAACUGCGACUCCUCCAUCAGAGGUGAUGAAGAUUGUGCUGAGGCUACUUCCAGCCAGUUAAACAUAUCGCCAUCAAAUGUCACCGAUCAGGAGCCCAGCAAGUGUGUCCUCCUUCAUACAAUUGCAGAGGAGGGCAGUGAUGAUCUCAGAUGCGAGCAGUCAUCGGCUCCUCAAUCCUCUGAAGCCGCUGUUUCUCUCUUGCUUAGGGAGUCGUCUCAGCACCUAAGAAACUCCUAUGACACGCUUGAAACCUCCGAGUCGAUUACGGAGGAGCAUUUGGAACCCGUAGAAUUCAUGGAUGAGGGACCUUUCUUGACUGCCGUUACUUUCGCUCACCCUGUCAUGAUGGCAAGUGUCGCACCGCGGGCUCACUUCUCAAAAGUGAUUCAGGUCGCUAAAAAAUUGCAUGUCUUUGAAGUGCCCCCUAUAGUGGAGGAGGAAGUUGGUGUGGAGGACGAUUACCUUGCCGAAAGUGUCUGCUCAUCUUCAGAAGUCCUAAAUGAUGCAAAGUGCUCCCGCCCACUCACAAUUCUCGGAAGAUUGCACACCAAAUUCCAAAAUGGGGACUUAACUACCGAGGAGUAUGAUCGAUUGGCCACUUCCAUAAUCACCUCCACUAUUCCUAGGAACCUCUCUGACUCCACUGAGACUCGAAAACCCCUCGGAGCAAACCAACUCUACGCAUGGCAACUUCCUCCCCCCUUACCUGAACGUGAUCCAGCCGAAGAGGCGUUGCCUCAUAGCCGGCAUGCAGUGAUUGAUGCACAGAACCCCGGUUUCUUUGUGGAUUUGGUGAUUUCAGAUGCAGUUACGAAAGUAUCGCAUGGGUCAGGCCGUGACUAUACUGAGGAGAAAAGCGUUGUGCCAAGGCCUUCCUCCGUUGAUCAGGUUGAUAAUUGCUUGUUGGCAGUGGAAGAUCCUUUCCGUAUUAGUUUUUCCCUGCCCUGCGAUAUCUCCUACGAUGGCCUCCAAACAGCCAGUCUGGACAGGAUACGCAGCCCCACCGCAUCUAGUUGCAAUAAAGUCAUACGCUCAAAGCGAAGUAGUUCUCUCAAAUCCGAACGGUCUCCUGACGACACCCCGUGUCGGAAGAUUGUUCGGUUCGCAGACUCUUUGGGUCUUGAUUUGGCUACCGUAAGGCAGGUUAAAGAUACAGACCAUCCACCCUUGAUUCCCGCCUCGGCAACUUUUGAUCUCAAUUUAGAUACAGAGAAAAGUUUUAGUUCAUUGGGUGCCAAGCAGUUCCAGAUAUGCUUCCCUCAACCUGGUGCUUCACCCAUCUUUAUGCACCGAGUUCUCAGUUCCUACGUGUGCCUCGAAAAUGCUAGGGUGGAUUCCUCCAGGGGUCUGUUGACUGGAACGAUCAGAGUCAAGAGUGUGGGCUUUGAAAAGAAGGUCACCGUGCGUAUAACCUAUGACAACUGGUCUACAUUCUUUGAAAUACCCGCCUCCUAUGUGCAGGACUCACACGACGGUACAACCGAUAGAUUUUCCUUCUGCGCAGUCUUCCCCUCUUCCAUGGUGGCCAAUGAUCGAGCCCAGUUUGCAAUACGAUAUGAGACACACUCGGGAGGUACGUACUGGGACAAUAAUCUUGGAGAGAACUACAUAAUUCAUUGCUAUGCUAAAGCCACUGAUAUGGCUGGAGAUGGCUCCUGGAUUCACUACCUUUGA